UCUGAGUUUCUCCACAGCGUUGCGUGCCGCCGCACGAGCACAUUUUUCCAAUAUGGCGGCCUAGCGGAGUCGAGCGACGUCUCGCCGCAGCCUGUCUAUAUGUAGAGUACACAGUAUAUGCAGUAUAUCGGCGGCGGCGGCGCAGGCGCACAGCUCGGAACCGGAACCGGAACCUUUCUUGUGCAGUUGCUGCGAAGAAGCCAGGGGGUCCCUUUCGUCGCCGGACUUUCGGGGGAGCCAUUUGAGGCUUACGCAGGAAGUACUUCCCGUCCGCAGAGCUGCGUACCGAGCGCUUCCUCGCGAAACUGCGCGGCGGCUCUGUGCGCGCAGCGUCCGACGCGGAGAAAAGCUUCGAGAGCGAGUCCGCCAUGUGUGAGCGCGAGGCGGGGGGGCCCCGCAACACUCUGAACUUCAACGUGGGGGUGCUCGGCCACGUGGACAGCGGCAAGACCUCCGUGGCCAAGGCGCUGAGCAGCACCGCGUCCACGGCCGCCUUCGACAAGAACCCGCAGUCCCGCGAGCGCGGCAUCACCCUGGACCUGGGCUUCUCGAGCUUCGCCGUGCAGCUGCCGGAGCACCUGCCGCGGCGCGAGCAGUGCGGACAUCCGGGCUACGAGACGCUGCAGUUCACCCUCGUCGACUGUCCGGGACACGCGUCGCUCAUCCGCACCGUCAUCGGAGGUGCUCAGAUCAUUGACCUGAUGCUGCUAGUGGUGGACGUGGUUAAGGGCAUGCAGACGCAAACAGCAGAGUGCCUGCUCAUCGGAGAACUAACGUGUCCUCGCAUGGUCGUAGUCCUAAAUAAGAUUGACCUCCUGGCCCCAGAGAAGAGGCAGGCUGCCAUCGAGAAGAUGACGAAGAGGAUGCUCAAGACCUUGGAGAGUACCCGAUUUAAGGAUUGCCCAGUGAUUGCAGUUGCUGCGAAGCCAGGGGGUCCUGAUGCCCCAGGCACUGAACAGCCACAGGGGGUUUCAAAGCUUAUUGAGUUGCUGAAACGCCAGGCGUACCUCCCGCGCAGAGACCCCUCAGGGCCCCUGCUGAUGGCCAUCGACCACUGUUUCUCCAUCCGUGGCCAGGGCACUGUCAUGACGGGCACGGUGCUGCAGGGGUCGCUGUCGCUCAAUGACUCGGUGGAGAUCCCAGCCCUGAAGGUCACCCGGAAGGUGAAGUCCAUACAGAUGUUUCGUCAGCCGGUGGGUGGAGCGAUGCAAGGCGACCGAAUAGGAGUGUGCGUGACUCAGUUUGACCCCAAGCUGCUGGAGAGGGGGCUGGUGUGCACCCCGGGGUCUCUGCGUACUCUCCACGCCGGCCUUAUGUCCGUUCGCAAGAUCAGCUACUUCCGGGGUGCGCUGACCACACGCAGCAAGUUCCACAUCUCUGUAGGCCACGAGACGGUCAUGGCCAAGGUGACCUUCUUCGGUCUGCCGCCUUCUACCUCCUCGUCCUCUCCGGACAAUUGCAAAGCGCUGUCGCGCCCCGGCGACCCGCAGACCACUUCGUUUCCCCCAGAUUCCACCCCCCCGGAGACAUCUUUCAGUUUUGAUACGGAGUACUUUUUCCAGGAAGAGUAUGCGGUCGGUCAGGGAGGGCCAGCGAAGGCAGCGGAGCCACAGCAGUGGGCCUUGCUGGAGUUCGAGAAGCCGGUGACGUGCCCCCCCCUCUGCUUGGUCAUUGGUUCCAAGCUGGACACGGACAUCCACUCCAAUACCUGCCGACUGGCUUUCCAGGGGCGCCUGCUGGAAGGCUUUGAGGACAAGGGCUACGCAGAGAGUGCCCUGCCACGUCUCAAACUGUACAAGAGCAAGCAGCGGGAGGGACAGGUGGAAAGGGUCGCCGACGACUGCACCGUGAUCGGCCGCAACUUGUUCAAGAAGGAGACCAACUUGCAGCUCUUCGUUGGACUGAAGGUCACCUUGUCGACAGGGGAGGCAGGGCUUAUCGAAGGAGGGUUUGGCCAGAGUGGCAAGUUCAAGAUUCGAGUGCCAGAGGGCCUGAAUGCAGAGACCAAGCAACUCCUGUCCUCGGUCUCCAAGAAGAAGGCCAAAGGCAGCGCCAAGGGGGAGCCUGCCAGGGAGGAGGAGGCCAAGAUGCACUCGCAACCGGUCAACAUCCACCUGAGCUUCAAGAGAUACGUGUUUGACCCCCAAAAGAGGAUGAUACAGUCGUGACAAAUGUAGGCUUGAUAAGUCACUAAAACAAGGGAACUUGAGGCGCUGUGGUGUGGAGAGCAGGUAAUUUGGAGAGAAGAAAUUUGGAAAGAGGAGAUGAAACACGGUGUGGGGUGACGGGAGACGUGAGAGGAGAGACUUCCCAUUUGAAAAAUUUCAGGAACGUCUCUUCAGCAAACCAUAUCCUGGCUAGUUUGAGAUGAAUGCGCUGUGUUUAAACUGCUCUCAUGUACACUCAUAUGGCAUAUUGUGUGUGUUUAGACAAAACAAUUGUCUAUCGGCUCCAUAAUUUUUGGACUUUUAAUUUUAUCUUUUAAUUUGGCCUAUGGCUUAUCUUUUUUUUUUUUUUUUUUGCUUUGAUUGAAAUCUUAUGGGACAAGUUUACAGCUACCAAAGAUUUGAACUGAGUAUGUGUCUGGACUUCACAUCUGACUUUGACAGGAGUAGUUCACCCCUGGCAUCUAAAAUUAUGCCAUUGUUUAAAAAAAAAAAAAAGAACAAAAUGGAUCAAAUAGUGGAAUAGCUGCUGCUGGUAGGACAUUUAAUGUGAACAGACGAGUCCAGAUGCGAUUGGUUUAACACGCGUUCCCUGAAUGAUCAGCAGAGUUUGAGGUUCCACUGCAACUCGUAGGUGGGAUGAGCGGCGACACGAGCUGACAACGCAAACACUGGAAGAGUGGCCUUAGUGAGCGAGUGGUCCACCGCAGUUCUCACUUUGUGGACGUCCCAGUAAAUAAAAUGUCUGUACUGCA